GGUCAUUUACGAUUCAAACUCUCUAAUAAACCCCUCUCUAAUAAAUCCCUCAAAGUUCUUGCAACUACAAGCACUACAGGUGUUCAUAAUUAAUUCAUAAGAGUAAACUUCAGACUCAUUUAACUGAUUUUUAUUCUUCAGGGAUACAGAAUGGCUAUCAACCCGAAGACGGAAUUGCCGGGAGAUAGACUGAAUUCGAGAGCAAUCAACUUGCACAACAUGUCAAAGAAACCCGUUGCAUCAAUCAGCAAACAACAGACACCACUUGAUCUCUUACGCAUACUAUAUGAGGGAGCUAUAACUGGAGCUGCUGCUGGUGUUGUUGUAGAAGCUGUUCUGUAUCCAAUUGAUACAAUUAAAACUCGACUACAAGCAGUUCGUGGUGGGGGACAAAUCAUUUUGAAAGGUCUUUAUUCAGGAUUGGCUGGAAAUCUUGCUGGUGUCUUACCAGCAUCGGCAAUAUUUGUUGGUGUAUAUGAACCUACCAAGCGAAAAUUGUUGGAGAGCUUCCCUGAAAAUCUUAGUGCCUUAGCUCAUUUGACUGCAGGUGCUAUAGGCGGAGCUGUUUCUUCUAUUGUCCGUGUACCCACUGAGGUGGUUAAGCAAAGGAUGCAGACUGGCCAAUUUGCUUCUGCCCCUGAUGCAGUCCGGCUUAUUGUUGCUACGGAAGGGUUUAGAGGCCUUUAUGCUGGUUAUGGCUCUUUUCUACUGCGGGACUUACCGUUUGAUGCAAUCCAGUUUUGUUUAUACGAGCAACUGCGGAUGGGAUAUAAGUUAGCUGCAAAAAGGGACCUUAAAGAUCCUGAGAAUGCAAUGAUUGGUGCCUUUGCAGGUGCAAUAACUGGAGCCAUAACUACUCCCCUUGAUGUGAUAAAAACCAGAUUGAUGAUUCAGGGUUCAACAAAGCAGUAUGAAGGCAUUUUGCAUUGUGUUAGCAGUAUCGUAAAAGAAGAAGGAGCCUCCACUCUUUUUAAGGGAAUGGGGCCAAGAAUACUUUGGAUAGGUAUUGGAGGAUCCAUAUUUUUUGGUGUUCUUGAAAGGGUAAAGCAACUAGUUGCUGCUAAAGACCGUGUUGAUUAAAAUUUGAAUCCUUCGAAAUUGUUCUAUCUUCAUUGUUGCUACAAGACCAGAAAUAGUUUUCUUAAAACAUUUCUUCAUUUGUCUGUAAAUUAUGGUUGGCUGAACCCUGUUAAAAAUCAAAGGGGUAUGGCAUUAUGAAAUUGUAUACGACGCAACAUGGGGCGAGGGAUCUAGAGCCACGGCAUAUAUCGAGUAAAAUCGAUAGUCCGAACCGAGAAAGCUUAUUGGAUUAUUGUUAUUGGGUCAAUGGUUAGAUAACGGUUUAGUGUUAUUUGAUUAUUGGGUUAUCGGUUCAGGUCUCGAUUUGCCCAAUAUUAUUAACGGUUUAACCGAUAGCUCAAUAAACUUUAUCAAAUUUAUAAUUUUACCCUUAGGUAUAUAAAGCCACCUUAGGGCUUUAUUCUCUAUUAGUAUUACAUUUGGACUUCUUGAUAUUUUUUAAGGUGUAAUCGCUAGUACUAUUUUGUGUUGUUUCUACUUGCUUUGAUUACUAGAGUUGAGCAAAUCUCUUAAUUCCUAA